AUGUUCAAGUCCCUGAGGUUNGGGAAUGGCAAGUAUGUGAGGAUCAACACCACACGAUGCAACACAGAUAACUGUAACUCGGCUGUACCUGCAGUGCCCACGGGGAGCACCACUGAGAACGGGCUGCAGUGCCCAACCUGCUUCGCUCUGAACUUCACUGUCUGCAACAGCGCAAUCACCCCUUGUACCGGGGACGAGACCUAUUGCAUCGAUUUCAGUGGGCUUCUAUACCAAGAUUCAUCUCGUUCACCAUUUCAAGCAACAGGCUGCGCUACUGCGUCUGCUCAGGCCAUUAAACCUGGAACCACCCUGGCUAUGGCACUCUACACAUUUGACUUUUUUUGGGGGAAAUCUGUUCCAGCACAGAAAAUACCCACCAGCCCCCCACUCCUGGCGAUCCUAACACCUGGCUUCUCUCUGGAAGCCCCCUACCCAUCUCGACAACCUCCAGGAGCAAAACUGGCCUGA